UUAGCUGAACGCAAAGAGCAAAAGACUGUGUUAACAGGGAAACAUUUUGGGUAGACUCACAGACAACACGCUGAUGCGGAGUGGGGCCUCCAACAAACACGCCAUCUCUCUUCCCCCUGACGAGCGCCCCAACCGGAGCCGCACUUUCCACACACUCGGCCUUCCAGCCCGCAACUCGGAAAUAAAAAAAUCAGCAGCAACUGCUGGUGGCAGCAACACGCUUUUUCGAUGGACUUCGGGGAGUAUGGGUGUUAUUCGGGAGGGACCGAAACGGUUUACACGACCCUCAAAACCAUUAUUAACUUCUCCAUUUUUAAUUAAUGUUUAGUGCUGUUUACUGUGCGUCGUAACUACCGAAUGUAAAGGUGUAGAUUAGGAGGAAUUAGUUUUGUUUAGAAAAAGCGUACAGCCAACAUUUCAAGUUGACUGAUUCAACAAAGUGAUUCUCAAAUUUGUUAACACAGGAAAUAUUUGUAUCCGUAUACAGCUGCACAAUGAUUUUAAUUGCAACAUUAAUGUUAUGGAUAUUAUAAACGUAAUUUAAUUAUUGCUACAGGUUUCAGUAUUGUUAUGUGUGAAAGUGCCAAGAUGAAAUUUCGUGACGUUUUACUUAAGCGCUUUUAACGGAAUCGUUACGUGCGCAUGCGCAUAUGUUCAAGCCUUUUUCGGUGGGAAGGAGGGUAACUAGCUAGGGCAGUGGCAGCAGCAAUAGUGUUUGUUUCUUCUGUAUUUAGCCACUAACUUGGAGUGCUUCAUGCUGGUCUUUAAACAACGAAUGCAUUAUUGAGACGGCUGCUACGAUAUUAGUCAUAAUUGUCUGCUGUUGCCCCUGUCUCAAAGUCCUUCCUCGCACUGAAACCUGUGGCCCAACACUAAACUAUUGUUGAGUGUAAACGAAUGAGCGGACAGCACUAGACUAAACCUGCACUCCGUGGAGGCGGCUACAGUAGAGAACAGACGUUGACGAGGAAUAUAUUGGCGGUCGAAUCUCGGCACGGCCAUGAAGAUCGCCGUGGAGGGGUGCUGCCAUGGCGAACUCGACAAGAUCUACGAGACGAUCGCCUACCUGGAGCGCAAGGAGGGCGUGACCGUGGACUUGCUACUGUGCUGUGGAGACUUCCAGGCCGUGCGCAACGAGGGCGACAUGAAGUGUAUGGCGGUGCCGCCCAAAUACAGGAGCAUGCAGACCUUCUACAAGUACUACUCUGGAGAAAAGAAGGCCCCAGUCCUCACCAUCUUCAUUGGGGGCAACCAUGAGGCCUCCAACCACAUGCAGGAGCUGUCCUAUGGAGGCUGGGUGGCCCCCAACAUCUACUACUUGGGUUAUGCUGGCGUCGUGCGCUACAAAGGCAUAAGGAUCGGUGGGCUGUCGGGAAUCUUCAAGUCGCACGACUACAGGAAAGGACACUACGAGUUCCCGCCGUACAGCAAUGACACGCUGCGGAGUGUCUACCACAUCAGGAACGUCGACGUCUUCAAACUCAAACAGAUCCAGCGCCCCAUGGACGUCUUCAUGACGCACGAUUGGCCGCGCGGUAUCUAUAACUACGGCAGCACGGAGCAGCUGCUGAGGAAGAAGAAGUUCCUGCGGCAGGAAGUGGAGACGAACACGCUGGGCAGCCCCGCCGCCGCAGAGCUGCUGGCCCACCUGCAGCCCUCCUAUUGGUUCUCCGCCCACCUGCACGUCAAGUUCGCCGCCAUCGCGCAGCACCAGGCCCAAGGCGACUGUGCCCCGCGCACCACCAAGUUCCUCUCCCUGGACAAGUGUCUGCCCCACCGGGACUUCCUGCAGGUAGUGGAGAUACCGGACCGACCCGGUUCCUCAGAGCACCUGGAGUACGACCCAGAAUGGCUGGCCAUCCUGAAGGCCACAGACAGCCUGCAGAGAGUGUCUCCCUGCACCUGGAACCCCCCCCAGGACAACGGCCUGCACAGCAGGUGGGACUACAGUCCGUCGGAGGCGGCCAUGCUGGAGGUGGUGGGGGACCUGGGCGGGGAGCUGCGCAUCCCGGAGAACUUCUGCGUCACGGUCCCGGCCUACGACCCCGCCCGGCCCCAACCCCACCUGGCCCCCGCCUGCACCACCAACGCCCAGACCACCGAGCUCUGCGCCACGCUGGGGCUGACGGACAUCUACGCCCGGGCCGCGGGCCAGCGGGGGGGCCGGGGCGCCUCCGAGGAGGAUGAGGAGGAGGAGGAGGAGGAAGAGGAGGAAGAGGAGGAGAGCCGGAGCACGGGCAGUGCCGAGGAGCCCAGCGAGUACCCCACCGACACCUCGGGCAUGUCCAGCUCCUACAACCCCGAAGAGAUCACCAUCGAGGACGAGUGGGAGGAGGAUGAGGAGGAGGAGGAAGGGGCCGGGGUGAAGAAGGGGGCCGGCGCCCCCAGCCUGAGCCCUGACGCCGUGGUGCCGGAGGGGCGCGACCCCGAAAGCCCCGCCCAAGACCUGGCCUCCAGCCGAUUGGUCCUGCCCCCGCCCCGCCUGCCCCUCCCCCUGGACCUGCCUGCCCCCGCCCACUCCGCCCCUGGCUCCGCCUCCCCUCCUGACCCCGCCUCCCCGUCCCACCCCGGCCCCGCGCAGGAGGGGAGCCCCCUGCUGGUCAGAAUCCCCAAGCGCACCAGCGGGGAGGUGGGGAGCACCGGCAGCGCGGGGAACACCCCCAAAAUCAAGCGCCGCAACCAGACCAUCUACACCGCCCAGGACGACGAGGACGAGAGCGAGGGAUAGCGGAGGAGAGGGGGGAGAGAGGGAUGAACGUCGGGUGAACGAGUGAGGCUUGAACGUACACUACCGCUGGGUGAGCGUGUUUUUACUCCCAGCAGAAGGAAGGUUCCCGGUACAAGGCUGUGGGACCCCUGUGCUGGACUGUUCUGUUGGAGUUUUGUGUAAUGCUCACCAUUCCUGAUGUCUGGGAAGGUGUUAAACCAGCAAGGAGUCAUUUUGUUUUAAGAAGAGGGGGAUGAUUUUAUGCUCCUAUUAUUAUUAUUUUUUUAAAGAGAAAAUGUAAAAUAGGACAAAAGUUGUUAGAUUUAUUUUCAUUUAAUUGUACAUUUGGUUUGAUUUUUCCCCACCCAAAUUAUGUUGAUUUUAAUUUCCUUCCCCACAAAGAUCCGUGUUUUUUUUAAUACGGCUAAGAUAGCAGUUUGAGGGUAUCAUUUUUGCUUUUAAAUUAUAAGGGUGGUUUUCAUGCAUGUUAUUUUCCCUCGGACCACUCUUGAGAACUAAGAAAACUGUAUAGGGCAGGGCUGCUCAACUCCAGGUCCUGCGGGCUGCAGUGUCUGCAGGUAUCUUCUCCAACCAUGCGCUACACCACCAGAUCUCACCA